AUAGCCUUUGCAUUCGUUGUUGGUACUCUCUGUGUGUGUUUUCAAUCAGGCGAGCGGCGCGCGUACGAACCUCAUAUUUUCCGCAUUGAUACGAUACCAACAAAACACAGCGAUACGACUCAAUAAAGCAGCCUAUGCAGCGCUGUUUGUUUAUUUUUUACAAGCUAAAAACAAACGACAAAACAAAUCAGCUAGCCGCCCGCGUUCGCGUUUGCUUGGCGCUGCAAAAACACGCGUUUCGUUUCGUUGCCGUGCGUUGCGUUGGGAAUUUCAAAAUUCAGAUUUCAAAUUAGCGUGUGCCGUGUUCCUUUUCCUUCCCACUAUCGUGCACACACAUUCGUACGUAUACAUACAUACGUGCAAUAAUCAAUACAAUACGAAGUACAACAAACUGCGUAGAACAGUAUUAAAACUGGCUUAAGACUCGACUCCUACUUACGUUGGUGUGCGGUGCGCGUUUAUACGUUUAUUUGUACAAGAAGGGACGAAAAGUGGUCAAUUGAGUUACUUUUUAAGACUGGCAGUGAAAAAGCAUUAAAAAGAGAACAAACUAAAGCCAAUCGGCGAUUAAACCGUUCGGACCCGAUCCGAUACCUCACAUAGUUAUGGAACACUUUCAUCAAAUACAGCAAACAAUUCAACACUAUCAGCAGCAACUGGCUGCUCAGCAACAACAACAAGUACAACAGCAACAGUUGCAACAGCACCAGGUGGUGGUGCAGCAGAAUCAGCAGCAGGCGCAUCAGAACAGCUCCAACACCACAGCCGGCGUUGGCACCCAACAGCUGUUCACAUACAAAAUGGCCAGCAGUUUUCCGAAUCCGGCCACGACGAUGGCCCAGGUGGUGGCCACAUCGAACGCCGCUGGCACCACGGGAUACGACUACCGUCUAAAUAUGGCCCAGGCCGCCGCAGCAGCCGCCGUUCCCGGCUCCCAGUGGUGGUACUCGGCCGCCAAUCAAGGCCAGGUCGAUGCCAAUACUGCCGCGCAACUGCAGCACCAACAGCAGCAGCAGCAACAGCAACAACAGCAGCAGCAGCAGCAGCAACAGCACCAGCAGCAACAACAGAUGCAACAGCAGCAACAGCAACAAAACGUCAUCAAUUCUGCCGGGAGCCCAAUGAUCAGAGGCAAGGCAGAUGCUAAGCCCCGGGGCAGAAUGACCGCCUACGCAUACUUUGUACAAACUUGCAGAGAGGAGCACAAAAAGAAGCAUCCCGACGAGACCGUGAUAUUUGCGGAGUUCUCACGAAAGUGUGCCGAGAGGUGGAAGACAAUGGUGGACAAGGAGAAAAAGCGUUUCCACGAAAUGGCCGAGAAGGACAAGCAGCGAUACGAGGCGGAAAUGCAGAACUAUGUGCCGCCCAAGGGGACGGUUGUGGGACGCGGCAAGAAGAGGAAACAAAUCAAGGACCCCAACGCUCCAAAACGUUCAUUGUCUGCGUUCUUCUGGUUCUGCAAUGACGAGAGAAAUAAGGUAAAGGCCCUUAAUCCCGAGUUCGGAGUUGGCGACAUUGCUAAAGAGCUGGGACGUAAGUGGUCGGAUGUGGAUCCCGAGGUCAAGCAGAAGUACGAGUCGAUGGCAGAAAGAGACAAAGCUCGAUAUGAACGGGAGAUGACCGAGUACAAGACGAGCGGGAAAAUAGCCUUGUCCGCACCGUCGAUGCAGGCGUCGAUGCAGGCGCAGGCACAGAAAGCCGCGUUACUUGCCGCCGCUGCCCAGCAGCAACACCAGCAGCUGGAAGAGCAACACGACGACGACGACGGCGAUGGAGAUGAUGACGAGAACCAAUAGGUUUAGCAGUAAAUACUCUUCACUAUUUAUACACACAGUCGUUGUCACGAAAUGCGAGAAAUGAGAAAUGAUAACGUUGGUUGAUCUAUUAUCAGGUUGACCAAUGUGUGUUGAAUAUAUAUUUAUAUAUAUAAGGGUGUUCAUUUUAGAGGUUCAGUUUUCCGGCAACAGAAAACUCACAAUUAGUUCCGAUCUGACAAAGUUAUUAUGAAUCGUGUUUUGAUUAAAAACUCUAACAGUCAUGGUGGAAACUUUCUCAUUUUUAAAGCAGGUCCAUCAAAAGCCAGAACCUUGCGUUUUUGUGUAUUGGAGCUCUUGUGAAUCUCGAGUGCUUUUUCACCUCGAAUAUGUGGUGUUAGUCUCUUACAGAAAUAUUUUUUAACCAAAGCCCAGCUAUAAAUCCAAGUACCACAUAAAUCUCUUGAACUUUCAGAAGAUUUAAAAUUAACCGAAGAAAAGUAGGCUACGAAAACAUUGUUCCUGAACUCUGAAAAACUUGUUUCCGAAACAACACGAAAUCUUAAGAGAUUAUGUGACACUAAUGGAUUUUUCAAGCGAUUUGCAAACCAGCUGAAGAAAUUUUACAGAUUGCUGUGAUCGGAAAACCAAAGCACAAAUUGUUUUUUUUUUGUGGGAAUUUGAUUGUUAUCGGGAAGUGGAACCUCUAAAAAACUCCUAUUAUAUAUAUGUAAAUGCAUAUAUAUAAAUAAUAUAUAAUUUUUUUUUUUAACAUAAGUAAUCAAAUUUCCAUGAAUUAUGAAGAUAAAUCACAAAGAAACCUUUUAUAAGUUCUAUGUUAAGAUGAAUACGAUUAAGUAUGGUUAGAUUAAAAUGACAUUAAUCUGUUUGCAAACCUUAUUUGUGCUUCAGUGCUAAGUUUCUCCUAAAGUAAUAAGAGAAUUAUUUUAUAAAUUGAAGAAAUUCAUCAUCAUGUCAUUCGUUCUCAGCAACUAUGAAGGUUACCACUACAUUUAUAAAUAUUGGUACAUAUUUCCCAUUUAUUAAACUUAGAUUCACCAUAAUGAAACUACAAUUAAUGCGUUUACUCAUUCGAGUUUAUAUGUCCCUAACAGAAAACAAACUCAAUGAAACGUGAUAAUGUCAAAUACUUAACUCAGUGGCGGGUGAUAUCUCGAUAUAUAUAUUUUUGCCUCUCUACAUGCGUGUUAUAACGUCACACGUAUCUGUAAAUUAAUAAUAAUUUUGUAAAACCGUGUAAUUUUAAAAAAAAAUAUUGAAAUUUUAAAUUCAUUUGAUAUAUUUAAUUUUUUUAAUUUCCGUGUCCAGUUUACGAUUUUUGAGUUAAGAUCCUUGGAGAGAUUUGGGUUUGUGUUCAUGUGUAAAUAUAUACAUCAAUUAUAAGAGCCACGAUCAUAAGAUUCUGAAAGUUAAACUUAGUUUGUUCAACGUGUUGAGGAAUGAAACAACCAAAACGCUAUCGGACAUUGCAACAAUUGUUGACUUGGCCAUGUACAUACUAUCUGAAGUAUUAUUUAGAUGAGACUUACGUAGAAAUUAACGAGAAUCGAGAGCACGCUUAAAAAACCCUUAUAAAACAGUAGAUUUCAUCAGGACUGCAAAGUAAUGUAAACUCCGUAGAAAAUUUAAAGGGCGAAGUGAAAAAUAGAUUUUACGUCGGCCUCAAAGCCAAGGUUCCAGGCACCAAAUGUGCUUAUGCGAAUAUAAAGAGGGACAUGCUCCUGCCCAUGGUAAAUGGUUAGUCCAGCUACAUUGGUGGGAAGCAUGUUCUUCUUUAUACAGCGUGUAUAAGCUAAGUAGUGGUAGGUUAUAACGUGAUAAGAGAGGAGCUGAAACUAUUACUAUGGAUGCGUCGAAGGUCAGUUAACCAAGACAAAUCUAGCUGUACCCCUAACUUCGCUCUCCCCAUGUUAUGAGUACGACAUAUGUAUGUAUUUAUAUAUUUGUAGCAUGAUUUUAAUAGAGAAUAACUCGCCACCGAGAUUAUAUUCAUAGAAGUGUCUAGGCUAAACCCUUAAUUCAUAAUUUUCUACAAAUUGACGGUAACCCCUCAUUAUAAAUUACUAAAAAAAUUCCAGUUUUCCCCGUGCGCUUGUUAUAAGAACUAAUCUAAUAUAAAAUAAACUUUUAGAAAUGAGAUUCUUUUACAUGGAAUAAUGAUGUGAUCUUUAAAUCCAUUUGUCUUUAUUAUUCUUUUUGAGUAAUACUUGGUUCAUAUUAGAUUACGAACUUUUAUGUUAUAACCCUAUAAACAGCUUUAGCUUUUAUAUUUGAUAGACACCACUCGGAAGACACCCUGACCGAGUUCCUAAACUUAAAAUGUGUGAAUUAAUUUAGCGAUACUAUAGUAGCGACUAAGAAUUUGUUUUUUUUUUCCUAAGAAUUUACACAAUACUGUAAAAAUAGUUUGAAAUAAAUUUAAUUUAGCUAGAUGUACGCUUGUAAAGGCAAA